GAGAGAGAGAGAGAGGGGGAGAGGGAGAGCAAACAGCAGCACAGCAGCUCGGCUGCUGGUUUACGACCGCUGUGUGUUGUGAGAGCUUUAAACAAUUACUAGUACAGUAAACUAGUAAUCAAUUGGAUAUUCUGAGCUUUAACUGUAUGAUUUACCUAUUUAUUGUAUCUUUAAACGGUUAACUGUCUACAUGGCGGCCACAGGACACCAGCACUCCUCCGAUCGAGAAGGCCUGUCGUCCUCAGCGACUCGUUACGGCUCCACAGACAGCAGCGGCGAGCACGACCAUCAGAGUAGCAAUCAUGGCAGCAACCAUUGCAACCACCGAUAUCCCACAGCGACGGCAGGUCAUUGGGUUGGGGUUGAGCAGGAAGAGGAGGCGAUUCGGAGGAAGUUGAAAUACUUCUUCAUGAGCCCAUGUGAUAAAUAUCACGCCAAGGGCCGCAAGCCUUAUAAACUAAUCCUGCAGCUGCUCAAGAUCAUUAUUGUCACAGCUCAGUUAGUCCUGUUUGGCCUCAGUAACCAGGUGGUGGUCACCUUCAAGGAGGAGAACACUAUGACCUUCAAGCACCUCUUCCUCAAAGACUACGAUGAGUCCUCAGACGACUCAUUUGCUGUUUACACACAGAACGACGUGUACGACCACAUCUUCUACGCCGUGGAACAGUAUCUGGCCUUACCAGAGACCACAGUGGGACGCUACGCAUACGUCUAUGGUGUUGGUGUGAAUGGCAGUGCGCUCUCCCUCUGUCAACAGUACUACAAGAAGGGACGCAUCGACCCAGCCAAUGACACCUUCAGUAUAGACCCUCGUGUCAUCACAGACUGUAUAGGUGUGAAUCCGCUGUCCGUCCCUCCAGCUCUGCUCACCAACAGCUACAAGAACUUCACCCUCAAGUUCCACAAGUUCAUUAACGUCACUAUAGAGUUCCAGUUAAAGGCGAUCAAUAUUCAGACUAUAAUCAACAAUGAGAUCCCGGACUGCUACACUUUUCACAUAACGAUAGUCCUGGACAACAAGGCUCACAGCGGCAAGGUGAAGAUCCGGUUAGAAAACCAGGCAACCAUAAAGGAGUGUAAAGACCCGAGUGUCUCUGGACAUGCUGAGAACUACACACGUGUAGCUUUUGAUGUGGCUGUGGCUCUGGUGUGCAUGCUGUCACUGCUGCUGUGUGGGCGCUCCAUACUGCGAGGCAUCAUGCUGCAACAGGAGUUUGUGCAGUUCUUCAGGGAGACUCUGGACCGUAAAGUGUGCUGGGCAGACCGGCUGGAGUUCAUUAAUGGCUGGUAUAUCCUCCUUAUCGUCAGCGACAUCUUCACCAUCACUGGCAGUAUCAUCAAAAUCGGCAUCGAGUCGAAGAAUAUGUCCUCGUAUGACACGUGUGGCAUCCUGUUGGGAACCUCCACACUCUUGGUGUGGGUCGGAGUUAUUCGCUACCUCACGUUCUUCCAGAAGUACAAUAUCCUGAUUGUGACACUUCGUGCAGCGUUCCCUAAUGUGAUUCGGUUCUGCUGCUGCGUGGCCGUCAUCUAUCUGGGCUACUGCUUCUGUGGCUGGAUAGUGCUGGGACCAUACCACGUCAAGUUCCGCUCUCUGUCCAUGGUGUCAGAGUGCCUGUUCUCCCUCAUUAAUGGUGACGACAUGUUCGUGACAUUCUCGGAGAUGCAGGAAAGCAGCACUCUGGUGUGGCUGUUUAGCCAAGUUUACCUGUACACCUUCAUCUCCCUCUUCAUCUACAUGGUGCUGUCGCUGUUUAUCGCUCUCAUCACAGGAGCUUACGAGACCAUCAAGCACCAAACCCAAGAACCCUUCCAUAUCACAGACCUGCACGCCUUCAUAGCAGAGUGUACGGACGCACCUAACUCAGGGAAGUUCAGGGGUCUGGAGACCUCACCGUGCUCCUUCUUCUGCUGCUGUGACAGAACGACGACAUAUGAGGAUGUCCUGCUGGUGAACUGAAGCUAACCCCAGUGACCUAGCUAUCCUCCCCUGCUGACCACAGGGAUAUUGCUGCACACUGACUCUCAGUGUCUCUGUACCAACGUACUGUAUCUGGGUCAAACCUCAGCACUCGUGUGAAGGAGGAGGCACCGUCUGCUGGACCAGCACUCUGUAGAAUCUCUCUUCUUAUCGGACCUCUUAUUUUUCCUGUCCACGACUCCAUGAAGAAGAAAACUGCAGGCUGAUGCAGGACUGGACCCUUCCUCUGUAUGAACAGGACUCUGCAGCAUCAUGGAUGAUGAAUGCACUGACCUUUCUCUGUUGGUUUUUCUUUUGUAUUUAAGCCAGGAACAGGACCCUAUUGUCAGUAUACUAUGUGGAUACAGGUGCCAUGAUGAGGACUGCAAUAGUGCAUACAUGGUGCUGACUGUUUUUAUUUUUGUGUUUGUGUUUUAUAGUAUUUCAGAAUUGGUUACCUCUGGAUGACUUUGCUCUUAAAUUGAGGCAUUUAAACAAAACAAAUCCAACAACCCAACUACUCAUUAUUUUGAAAUAGCAUAACGUCCCAUACACUCUAUAAUAUAAUUUCCCAAUGGGGCAUGUAAAUUCAUAGAGAAUGAGGGAAAUGCAUCUUAUAUUAGUCUGUCCUUUUUUAGACAAUCGGGACGGCUUCCAGAAAAAUAUCAGAAAACAGGACCACAAAUUGAUUUGUUUUCUCUCCAGGAGCUGCACCUCCAGUAUAAAGUUUCAAACAGCAUCUUUGGCUGCGGUUCCACUGCACAAGAAUCACAUUGCCUCCAAAUGUGGAUACUAUAAUUGUGUUUUUAUUGCUGCACUUGGUUGCAGUUGUAGACUGUGUGCUCUGUUGCAUCGAUCUGAGAUGAUGAUGAUGGAAUAUAAUGUCAGUAAUGAAGCACUCAACAUUGCCUGUGGUUAGCUACAAGAAGUAAAGCUGUUCUGCAGUCCCAUAUGCAUGUUUUGUUAAUGAUGCCAAAGUAUGUCAAGAAACAGAGUUCAUUCGUUGUUAAGAGGUUAAAGCCGUUAUUCCCUUUCUUUAUCUCUAUAGAACAACGAUGGCAGUCUACAAACUGUAUCUGACUUGUUUGAAGAGAAAAAAAUGACUUGAAUUGCCUUACAAAGUGGAGCAAGGUUUAUGGUGGAUAACAAGAAGACAACUUAGUGACAGCAGAAACAUAUGUGUAGCUCAGUAAUAAUGUCCUGUCAUACUGAAUCAUAGUGCUUUUUAGGCUGUUUGUUGUCUUCAUAACAAUCGUUUAAAACGUCUAAAACUAGCACAGUGACUGGAUCUUGAAUUUGUCUUUUUUUGCACCGCAUAAAACGCACAAUAGUUAAAGGAGUCUCACAGUCUGGACUCCAGAGGGUGUUAGGAAAUUUCUGUCUUUUGUGGAGAGAUGAUCUUUAGUCCAAGCAGCUGUGGUUUAAUACGAUGACCAGCAGUCACAUUUAAGCUGAAUAUGCUGAUGGGAUUUGGAUCUUGAUGGCAGACCUGCCAAAUGUAUCCGUUGCCUUAAUUUUAAACCAUGACAUACAUGUAUAUAUUGUCUAGUAUUACCUAGAUGUACCUUUCAUACAUCUUCUAGGUAUCUUUUUGUAUAUGAUCUGCACUGUACUAUACUCAAAAAAUACAAAUGUGAGUCAUAAAUCAUCUGAAGUAAUCUACUUGCGAGUCUACUGAUUAAAGUUUCCUGGAUGAUCUUUGAUAUAAAAA